AUGUGUGGUCUGAAGAUUGAACAACCACGACUGGCGGCGUCAGCGUUUUCUAGCUCGAGAAUUGAAGAACUAAAGGACCAAUCAUUGCCUUUCCAGGCAGUGUUUGAGACAAAUAUGGUGUCAUUUACCGACGUGAGUUCUCUUCUAUUCCAUUCUUAUGAGAGUUAUAUAUGUAGGUACCUAUUAGUUAAUGUUUUUUUCACGUUCAAUGCAGGUAUGCAACACAUUUUUUCGACCCAAAUUACUGGCCUUGCAGUUGGUCUUGUCCCACUGCAUGGGGUCAGUACCCGGUUUCCGUCCGACUGGGACGAAGGGCACAAUUCGUUUGUACAUGUGAUGCAUCGGUUUGCUUUUCAAUACAUUGACGUAUUUCCGAUGUAUUUCACAACGGACAAUACACAAAUGCGAAAAGUAUGGUACGGGGUAAAGAAGAGUCACAACGCAUGUCUGUGCCUCAAAGGCAUUACAAAUGUGCGUACAGUGACUUCUUCUUUACCAACCAACAAUAUGACACAUGGAUACGAGGAGCAGUUCACUGUGCCAGUGGCCCGGUCCGAACUUAUCGAGUUGCGGUCGAUGGUACAUGAACUGCAAGAACAAAACAAAUAUUUUAUUGAGCAAAUGAAACGGCAACAAGUAGAAAUUAAUGAUUUGAAAAUGCUUGUCGGGUAUAAACAGGCGAUGGAAAAUCCAGUUGCAGUUGAGCUACUGUCCGCCGUACCCUAUUUUGGAGUUCGCCUCCAAAAACCGGUCUGAAGUUGGCGGUAAAAAG